AUGAGUAGCCUGAAACGAAAACGUGCAGAUAACGACGACGAGAAGAAGAUCCUUGCCAUGAUUCUGAGCAAGCAAGGCAUGGGAGCAACUCCAUACGAUAUCAAAGCAGCGACAAGUAUCCAAGGCCCUUUGGUCACCAAAGCACUCAAAUCUCUCAAGACCAAAAAACUCAUCAAAGAUAUUCAAAACAUGAACAACAAAGGGAUCAAACACUUUUUCGGGUUUGAUGUUGAGCCUUGCAAGGCGCUCACAGGUGGGGAUUGGUACACUGAUGGGCAACUUGACCUGGCCAAAAUCGAAGACCUGAAAAAGAUCUGCGUCACUAUACUGAGCAAGUCCAAGAAAAAGGUCGUUACGUUUGAUUUGUUUGUUGCUUAUUUCGAAAAGACUAACAACGAAAUGAGCAGAGAGCAGACGAAGGAGAUUCUCAAGAACUUGGUUUUGGAUAAUGUCGUCAUGGAGGUGAAGAGCAACGGGAUGAACGAGUAUGCCGGGAUAAGAAUCGGUGAAAUCUGCUACAGACUCACCGGUAAAAAAGCUGGCGACGGUGGUGAAGCCAGAGCUGGAGCUUUUGCUUCGGUGCCUUGCGGGGCUUGUCCUCAUAUAGGACUGUGUUCACCUGGCGGUGCUAUCUCCCCGACGACAUGUUCUUAUUUCCAGAAAUGGUUAGACUUUUAG